AACAUUUUUGUUGGAGAAAUGUCUUCAGAGUUAGAAAAGGAGAAAGAGAGGCUGGCUCAAGCCACCAAAAUGUUCUUCUUUCACAUGCAAGAUCUUGCAUCCUUCACAAACACACUUGUCGAAUUGUUUAAUAGCAUGAAUGCUCAGAUUGUCUCGAUGGCUCUGAAAGAAGAUGUUAAUACUAAGGAUGUCUUUGAACAAAUGUUCAGCAUUUUUAAGGAGAGGCAAUCUAUAGUCAAUGCAAGACAAGACACAAUGCAAAAGGAACUUUUGUGUUCCAAGAUUGCAAUGGCUUUGUGCUCCAGGCUCGAGAAGAGUGCCAAGGCAAAGGAGUUGCAAAAGUCAGCUAACGAAGGGUUCAGAGAGGUCCAGACACCACUCAUUGUGUCCGUGCUGAAUGAUAGUAACAUUCCUGAGAGUUUGGAAUCUUCCCUUUUACUCUUGAUGAAGUACCCCAUCAUGAAUCUCCAGUGAAGUGAUUUAUAUAGAAAAGACACCAAAGACCAAUCAGAUGCUACCACAUCUGAGAAAAGCUCAGGUCCAGGUCCAUCCAAUGCUACAGCUGACACCUUGAACAAGUUGCUGGAUGCACUAAAAAUUGAAAAUGACAAUAGCAUUGUGUCAGCAGCAGAGCAGUUGGAGCAAAUUGUUAAAAAUAUGGGACCAAUCUGCCUCCAAAAAGCCAUACAGAGUAUGGAGAUGAAGACUCCUGUGUUAAAGAAAGCCAAUGACUAGUAGGAAUGCAUCAAUGACUAGUGAGAAGGGCUUGUUUCUGUCAGAAAAUCAAUUCAAAUUCAUUGUACUUUCUCACCUCUUUGCUGCCAGACAAGUGGUCUAUUGGGGCUGGGAAACCAUUCAAAUUUUGCUUAUCCAAAUAAAAAUAAUAAAAGAAAGCCUGCUUGAAGUGGCAGAUAUUAAAAGGUUAUAUUGUUCCAAAAGUCAAGGUAAUGUUAUAUUUGAGGAUGUUUCUAA